UUAAUGUUUUAUGACUCACAGUGUUGUUCCGACCCCAGUUAGGGAAUAUGAUCUGCAAAUCCAAUACAGGACGUCAGCGCGUCUACGUGCACUGGAUACGUCGAGAUUCCAUUGUUGCGUUCAAAUGCUUCCUAAAGAAGCCGUCUUUAAUUUUAAGACGUAUACUGUCGCUCAGAUUUUUUAACUAUAGCAACAUAUAUAGAACAGGUGUAUUUCUGAUAAAAUAAUUCGACAAAUAACCACUAACUUCUGGCUUGGUAUUGUAUGUGAACGAGCAUUUUUUUUAACGUCAGUCCUCCAUUUCUGAGAGCACUUUAAUGCAGCACCAUUCUGUGCAAAUAAUGAGAAAUAACUCGGACUUGCUGUCAGUUUGGAGAAGAUGCUGGCCUUUCUGACAACGCAGUUUGACAAACGCAUUCAUCCUACUCAUGCAUGUCCUCGGCGUGGUGUUUUUGAACGAUGUGCCCUUCUGCUUCAGCUCUCCGCUGGUGCUUUAUGAUAAGAAGGGAGGUCUGGAGCCGAGGGAUUGAGGAUAACGGGACGCAGCUCGGAGGCUGCGGCGGCUCUAACGUUGGACUGGUGGUAAACACAAAUACACUGCCGCCCGUUGUUGCCGUGUGUCCGUGUAUGGAGCUAAAAACAAGGCUAGCGGCUGCAGGAGGCUGAAAUAGACAGGAAGACAUCCGAGUUAGAGGCAGGUGGGCCAGAGAUGGGAAAUGACAACGCACUGCUCCAAAUCCAUCCGCCCAAACGAAGGAGGGUAGCCCCGCAGGAAAAUAAGUACCCCCGGAGAGAAACGGUUAAUUUUGUUUCAACAUUGUAAUGCUCUCCGUCUAACUGCGCUCCGGGUUUUCCGCAGUUUCUUGGAAGUCUGUUUUAAUUACUUGGCAGAAAUGUCCUUCACUAUGGAGGAUAAUUUAGAGUCGGGAUGGGUAGCAGUUCGCCCCAAUGCGUUUGAGGAAAAGGAGAAGCACAAAUUUGUUUUUAUCGUCGCCUGGAAUGAGGUGGAGGGGAAAUUUGCCAUUACGUGUCACGAUAGGACGGUUCAGAGGAGAAGCGUCGGCAGGGACCCUCUGGCGGAACUGACCAGCCUGGAUGGGGACAAAACAAGAUGGCCUGAAAGUCCCGCCAGGGAUAAAGUGUCUCGGAGUCCAAGUAAAGCAUGCAACCCUAAAACCAAGUCGGUCAUAGCGACUAAACCGAGUCCAGUCAAGAUUCCGACGGAUGCAGAGAUACUGGGAGAGGACGAGCUGUCCCCUUCGUUGGACUCUCUGGAGCUGGAGGAGCUGGACAGCCUGAGCAGAGAGGACUGCAGCUGGGCAGGACUCUUCUCCUUUCAGGACCUGCGGGCGAUCCACCUGCAGCUCUGCUCCGUGAACUCCGUCCUGGAGCCCUGCCUGCCGGUGUUUCCGGAGGAGCCAGCCGGGAUGUGGACGGUCCUGUUCGGCCCGCCGGGAGUGUCGGAGGCCGAAAUGGACGAGCUGUGCCACGGCUUACAGGUGUACCUCGGCCACGCGCUCGAUACGUGCGGAUGGAAGAUCCUGUCGCAGGUUCUGUUCACGGAGAACGACGACCCAGAUGAGUACUAUGAGAGUCUGAGUGAGCUGAGGCAGUCCGGAUAUGAAGAGGUUGUCAACCGGGCAACGAAACAUCUGCAGGAGCUGCUCGACAAGCACAAAUCCAUGGACAGCAUGGUGGAGCUGCUGGAGUUAUAUGAGGAAGAAGACCAGGCCUACGGAGGCCUGCUGGACGCUUCCACACAGCUGUACCAGUACCUGCUGCAGCCCUUCAGGGACAUGAGGGAACUAGCAAUGCUGCGCAGACAGCAGAUAAAGAUUUCCAUGGACAAUGACUAUUUGGGUCCCAGGCGGAUUGAGGCUCUGAAGAAGGAGGACACUGACUGGCAGAAGAAAGCUCAAGAGGCAGUCCUCAACAUCCAGGAGUUCACUGUAAAAUACUUUGAGAUCACUGCCAGAGCCCAGAAAGGAGUUUAUGAGAGAAUGAAGGUGGACCAGCGAAAAUUUGGGAAGUCCUCUUGGACGGCGGCAGUAGAGCGCAUGGAGAGGCUUCGCUACUCUGUGGCCAAGGAAACCCUGCAGCUUCAGAGGGCCCGGGAGAUCUGCCUGGAGCAGAGGAAGCACACACUUCGAGAGGAGAUGCAGAGCCUGUGUAGCGGUGAGGAUGCGAUGGCCCUCCUGGACCACAUGGAGACACAGUACUACGAGCUCCAGCUCCAGCUGUAUGACAUUCAGGCUGAGAUACUGCAGUGUGAGGAGCUGCUGCUCACUGCACAACUAGACAGCAUCCGCAGACAGAUGGCAGAGCGCCAGGAUGAGGUGGUUUAUUACGACACCUUUGAAAGCGCAGACGACAUAACGCAGGACGAUACUGGAGAGAAAGAAGAGCUGCGCAGGCUUCAGGUCAGCGCUCGACAGCUUGAAGCCAGAAGGGGGCGCAUCACCACCAAGCGCUCCUAUCUGCGCAACAAAAGGGAAAUCUGUGUAUCCAACCACAUCCAGAAACAGCAGAGACGCCACACCGUCCUGAAGAACACAUUGUCCCACCCUGUCUUACAGCUUGGAAACGAGGAGGAGGAAGAUGAGGAGCGGAAGAACAGCAGAGUAAGUCAGGAGAGGCAACGGACUCUGGACAGGCUGCGCUCCUUCAAACAGCGGUACCCGGGCCAGGUGAUUCUGAAGUCUACUCGCCUUCGAGCGUCCCACGGCAGACGGCGGGAGCGAGGCAGAGCAGCCGCCGAGCUCGGCAGCGUCAGCGGGAGGGACGAGUGCGUGGACUCGGUCAGCGUCCAGACUCAAGACCAGCCGCUGUGCCUGAGCACCGGCGUGCAGACGGACCCCAGCGCCACCCUCACCACUCAGCCCGUUGCGACUCUCACGGCGCCCGUCCCUCCUCUGCCCGUCACCAGCCCCGCAGACUCUUCCUGCUCCCCCUGCUCCCUCUCCUCUCUGCUGGCGUCCCCCGUCUCCCCUCCUCCACCGCCGCCCCCGCCGCCUCCACCACCAGUGAAGGAGGAGUCCUCUCCGUCCGGCAGCGUGGGUCAAUAUCGCCAAAUCGCUGAAGGGAGGAGCGUGGAGGAGGAGCUCAUGCUGUCACCACUCGGUCCGUUCAUUCCUCGCUUUUUUGACAGCAGCCAGCUGGUGAGCGCGCGCAAGAAACUGAGGAAGACUCCAGAGUUUGACUCCCACAGCAGAAGAGUGAGCUCACCUAUGGACGAAGUGCUCGCAUCACUAAAGAGGGGAAGCUUCCACCUGAAGAAGGUCGACCAGCGCUCUCUGCAUCCUGUCAAGGGCGACGACGACCCCAACAGCAUCCUGGCUCAGAUACGCAAGGGGGUCAAACUCAGACGCGUCCCCUCGAAGGACAGAAAGGACCAGGGAGAGCUCCCCGCAUCCACCGAUCCGCUGACCAGGAGCAUCCACGAGGCGCUGCGCCGCAUCAAGGAGGCGUCGCCAGAGUCUGACUCGGACGAUGACGGACUGACGGCCCCCGAUUGGGAAAACUAGGGUUCAGAUAAGACGGCCAGAGAAAACUGCACACAAGACAACACUCAGACUGUUCUGCACUGUAGAGUUCAGCGUCGUACUGUAAACACACAUUUUCACUCAUCACCUGGUGAUUAAGCCAACGCCAGGGUCACAGCCGCCGUCACCAAAUGCUCCAGAGGCCUACGAUCAGCUUUACUUUGGAUUUUUACACAACAUUCGCCAUCAUGACCGGGAUGGUCUUGUUUUUAUGGUUUUUACCUGUCGAAUCACACUGAACGGUUGCCAUGUUUAUUUAUUUUUUUCAUGUUUCUAUCACUUGUACUGUCAGAGGUCUGCACUUUUAACACUUGACACCAACCCACUGAACUGACUGACACGCUGCGUACGGGACCUUCACAGAACUGAGAGAGGGUUUAUUGCUGUGUUCAGGCAGGGAGCUUCGUGUACGAGAGGCAGUGAGUGCAGGAAAAAAAAUAUGUUAGGAGUGCGCAGGGUAAUCUGGGGGCUUUACAGGAGAUUUAAAAAAUGAAUACAUGAUUAGACAAAGACUCAGACUGGGAUUACUGGAUUUACUGUCCAGAUCGGAAACCAUUACACCAUCAAACAUCACUUUCCUUUUUUGUUUUUGGGCACUCUAAAAACUGCUGGGUGAAAAUCGGCUCAUCUUAUUUUGCUGAACCGGUCCUGGGUUGUGGGUUAGUCGCGACAUACUGGGUUAGGAUUAACAGGGCUGUGAAUGUUGCUACCAAAGAGCGGAUUGAAAAGAAUAAACAGUAAACUAGAUUAUUAAACAAUUUAAGUCUGAAUAAAAAGGACUUUGGCAGUUCUUUCACAACCACUGUCAACAAUAAAAAACCAACCCCAUAACGUCAAAGGACACUUGAUUGACAAUCAGUUUAGUUUGGAUAAACCAAAUCUAUACUCAGUACAUAAAAUGUUUCCUUUCUAUUAUAUCUACCAUAUUAUAUCCCCUGCUAAAUACUCAGGAACAAAGUUUAUCUCAAGUUAACAAGCUCUCUGGUGUAACGUUUUACUGACUGAGGCGUAACAAAUAGUUGGUGACGAGGAUCUCUUCCGCUGUUACUUUCUGGGUCAAAAGCUAAACAUUCUGUGAACCGCUGCCCUACGUGAGUGGAAGUCAUCAACACAACCCACUGACAUUAACAUUGUUAUGCAGCGUAAAUCAUGUAUUCACCAUCUCGCCAUUUCUUACUUUAUUCUGCGGAAGAGACUCAGGGAAGUUUGUUCAGGUCGAACAAAAAAAACAGUGAGGCUCCUUCUAAACUCUUCUCUAACCCAGCGGACCGGGUCGCGUGUUCGGUUAAAAACGAUCCGGCUUCCAUCCCAACAGCACAAACUCAGCAUCCGGGGUAAAGAAAACAGCCCAGCAGUCUUUAGACAGCAUCAGCAAACCGCUUUGGCUGAGCCUCGUUCUCUGCUGUGGGAUUGUCAGGCUGUUCGACGACUACUGCUGCUGCUGCUUUUGUAAUUAAAAGGCUUUUGUUGGCAACGUCAGAUUUUCCUCUAGUAUUCCGCUCUGGACUCCUCACCAGUGAAUUUUACUGUCCUCAGUCUCAGAUCUGAGGCUGUUAACUUUGAGAAGGAGACGACUGAAGAUGACGAGGGUCCUGAUUAGUGGACGUGUUCUCUGUGUUGAGAAGUGAACAUUUCUGCUGGUGAUUCCCAAACUCUGUGCAUGCGUGCGCACGUGCGUGUGUGGGAUUGUAGAAGCUGAACCAGUUGCACGUCUUCCAGUGACGGAUGUUCAGUGGGAGGCCAGAUUGCCUCACCGUGGGCUCAUGAUUUAUGCUCUUCCUCCUGCUCUCUUAUUCAUUUACUCUCUGCUCCUUCAUCACAUCUUCUCUUCCCUCUCACUUUGUAGGCAGUAGCACAGACAGGGGGGGUUAUUACUCUUAGACGUGAAAACAUACACACACGCACACACACACACACACCGACACACACACACACACACACACACACACACACACACACACACACACACACACACACACAGACAUCUAUUUCACAGCCAGUGUGUGUAUAAAGAUAUUCCAGCAGCAACUUGAGAUCUACGUUUCUCAGAGAUAGUUUCAACCCUUUUGCAUACGAUAAAAGUUUUCUGGUUUAAAUGAACGCUGAGGCAUAUGUCGCAUCGUUAGUAGUUUAAAAACACCAAGCAGCUUUUGGAAUCAGACCCUGAUAUGUGUGAAGUGAUUACUCAGACGCCGAGCAGCACAAUACGACUCGCAAACGUGACUCGAAGCAGAAGGAUGUGAAUUCACACACGUAAGCUCAAACACUGGAAUAACUCCAUUUUGCUCUGUGUUGAACAGCUCUGAUGCGAUGUAUUGUACUUUCUCUUUUAAAAUUCAUUCGUUCAUAAAUUCAGAUAAUAGUAAACAAAAUUUUUUUUUUUAAAAGUAGCCCAAGUUAUUCAGGACUUUUCUGGGUACGUUGCAGGUGUGUUGAGUCCAUUUUUUAUUUAUCACAGUUAUUUUUAUUUAUUCCAGCUUAAUUGUCGAGGCUCGAAAUCUUUUGAGACGCCAAUACUGUCCAGAGUGGCGUCACUUUGGACAGUAUCGGCAGUUCACUUCACCGUUAAGUUGAAGUGAACUUAAUGGUGUGGUGAACAGCUUCGUCUCUGGACAUUAGCCCUCCAUCUGGAGGGUCCUUCACUGAGAUACUUUGCUUUUCCAUCAGUCUCUCACCUGUGGAGCCAAUCAGACACACCUUACAUGUGGCACCAUCUGUUCCUGUUACUUUCCUGGCAAAGCAAACUUGAAGAACGGCUACUUCUCUGUUUUAACUGUGAAUACUAUGUUCUUCCACUCUUAUCAUGUAGCAUGAGACAAAGCUCUAAUCCCUGUCCUGAGUCUUUAUCCUUAGCUUCAGUUAAAUCUUACCAGACGUAAUAAUGGCAGCAUCUAUUUUUCCCGUGUGAGUUUUAAUGUUUAGGUUGCUUUAACUGUGGAGAAAGUUGCCCCGGAAGGCGUCAGCGUCCAUAACUUGCCUCAACUAAUGUUCCUGUCGCUUACCUUCACCCGUAACUAACCUUAAACGAGCUUCUUUAUCAGCAGACUGUUUUUUUUCUUUUGCUUAAAUUGUUUCCAGCCAAAUUGUUUUUGUGAUUGCGUUUCUUACGAAUAUCUUCUGCAAGCACCUGUUAUCCAGGCAGGCUGUGUGUGAUCCUUUGUUGUUCCUUUGAGACGAUGUGCAAUAUAACAAUAUGGAAGAAAAAAAGGGAUGGAAAAAAAAUUGUACGGUUGAUAAUUAGAUUGAUGGUCUUAAACAAUGACUCGGUAAAUCUCUCGGUUGCUUUUACACCUUAUGAAGUGUUCACAAAUUGUUCCAAAUGUACCUUUUUGCCUUUUUUUGUCGCGUCAUUUUCAUGUUUUCAAGUCUUUCUUUUUUAUUCUUAUUUUACAUCCUCACCCUUGCAUUGGAAUAAAUCCUUGUAAUGCAGCAAAGACGGUGUUGAAUCGUUUACUGAGCCUUGCAUAAAUAUUCACACUCCCUUAAAUUGUUCAUAUUUUGGAACAAUUCCAUGAAUGCAUUCUUUAACUGAAGAACAUUUUAAUGCACUCUGUCUGAUUGACAAACCCAAAGUAGUGCAAUAAAGUAGUGAAGUGGAAGGAAAAGUCAACCUGGCUGUCAACGUUAUUUGCAUAUAAAAACCUCAGUCAUUUACUGAACACAAUCCACCUUCAUGUAAGAGGUUUUGCAAACUCAAUAAAAGGUUAAAUAAUCUCAAAUCUAUUCAUUAAUCAAUAUCUGACCGUUUCAGGUUUGAUCAGUUCAAGUAAUUCUAAUUGUGAAAGUCCUUUAAUUUAGCUUCAAAUGGGAACCUGAUGCUAAAUACAACAUGACAGGCAGGCAUCAGGGUAAACCCUCAGCUUGUUUGGGGUGAAACGGAGCGAUAAUCCAAACCCCUCAUCCUGGGCUCUUGCUGCCCACAGACAAAAUGCUGCCCUGAGCAGUGAACCGCAUCGACCACAUCGUCACAGCUUUAAUUAACCGGGUGGGCCUCUUGACCUGUUUUCAACCAUAACGUUUAACAAAACCUAUUUACCUGCAAACGACCAAAUAUCACCAAUCUGAGAAAUCUCUUAAGCCUGAGGUACCUCUUUAAUGUCAUGAGUUCAAAAUUACUUUAAAUAGUCAAAAAUAUUGCCAGUCUUCUCAUACCUCUAAAUACAAUGUGAAUACCUACACUGAAAUACCAUAAGUUACAAAAACAGGAGAAUGAAAAGCAUUUUAUCCACUACUGUACAAAGGCAUUCAUUAACAAUAGCAUUAAUAUUAAAGUAUUUCAUCUCUGUCACUCCACUCGACACAUACAUCAGACAGAAAAUAAGUAACAUUCCCCCUUUUACAUGAGUCUUAUUCCAGUGUAUUAACCUGUGUAACUAACUACAGAAGGUCUUUAAACUACAUAAUUAUACUGUGCUAAUGCUAAAUGCAAGUCUGUCGGCAUAUAAUGGAGUUACAACGGUGUCAUAACAGUGCAAACUGGGCGCUCAGAUAGAUAUAAGACCAGCAGCACCUUGUGGAGAUACAGCUCUGUAAAACAUAAAUAAAUAAUUUUUAAAAAAAAUUGCUGACUUUGGAGGGUGAGAAUAGAAGAUUUCACGGGGCUUCAGAGCUGCUUUUAUACAGUAAGAGUAUAAAACUUGUAACACGGUGUUAUUACAUGGUGUUGUAAAUCUUCCAGUACACAGAGAAAAAGCUUUCAGCCGUGGGUUAAUACACAACAAUAAGUCACCGCAGGGUGUUACUGCAUUUUGAUUUGUCCAUCCAUUCAUUUACAAUGCCAGCAAGAAUAAGAAAGUUGUGUUGUACAGUUUUAUAUUUAUAUCACCAGUGUUAUAUCUUUACUUAAAAAAAAAAAA